UGUUUUUUUGGUUUUUUUUUCCCCUUUUCUUUCUUUAAUUUAAUUUUAAUUAUUUUCUCUUUCUUUUCACAAUUUCCUAGCCACUCGUUUACACAAAAAUAAGGGUAUAUGGUGACGUGGCAAAGGGCAACCACUCAUCCCCCUCCACGUGUCCAAACACCUAUGGUAAGAGUCCAAGCAGAACAGACCAAAUGUUUUCCCAUAUCUCCCGCCGGUUAAUCGCCAGCCAAACUUCUCCGGUACAAACCGUACAUCCUCUCUCGCUCUCUAGGUUUUGUUGAUUUGAAGAACAUAAAACCAGAGAGAGAGAGAGAGAAACGGUUGGCUCUCUCUCCUCCGUCCUCAACCCACCCUCCAAAACCCUAACUUCAACCUCUCCUAUCUCCCUCUCUCUCCAUAUAAAUAUAAAAGUAUAGCUAUAUUUACAUAAUCCGCCUCGAAGCCCUGAAUUUGGCCACGCAUAUACUAGAUCUUUUGGGCUAAAAUCUAGGGUUCUUUUGGUCUUUUCGUGCCUAUUUGUUGGGGAAAGGGCAUUGAUUUUUCCCCCCGGGGCUGGCAGAAAAAAGGUAAACUGACGGCUCUAGAGAGAGAGAGAGAGAGAGAGAGAGGGGCAAGAAUGCACAGAGAGAGAGGAGUCGGUGGCGGUGGUGGAUCGAGGUCGGAGAAAGGUCAGGUGGAUCGGAAGCGGAUCAACGAUGCCCUUGACAAGCAGCUGGAGCGAUCGUCCCCGUCCACGUCAUCUAGGGCUUUGAACAACAACGCCAAAGACAAAGAUCGCCUCUUGGCACAGUCUAUGUUAGCCGCUGCUAAGCCGCCGCCCGAUCGUAGGGACCCUCGCCCUGCGCCUUUAAAGCCCGAAAACAAACGCUCGGAUGAGGAAUCUGAAACGGACAGUGAGGAGUCAGAUGUUAGUGGUUCUGAGGGGGAUGAUACUUCGUGGAUCGCAUGGUUCUGUAAUUUGCGUGGGAAUGAGUUUUUUAGUGAAGUUGAUGAUGAUUACAUCCAGGAUGAUUUUAACCUCUGUGGGUUAAGCAGUCAAGUUCCUUAUUAUGAUUAUGCACUCGAUUUGAUUCUGGAUGUCGAAUCUUCUCAUGGUGAUUCAUUUACAGAGGAACAGAAUGAAUUAGUUGAAUCAGCAGCAGAGAUGCUCUAUGGUCUAAUUCACGUUCGAUACAUACUGACAACCAAAGGAAUGGCUGCUAUGCUAGAGAAGUACAAAAAUGCCGAGUUUGGGCGAUGCCCGAGAGUUUAUUGCUGUGGGCAACCCUGCCUUCCUGUUGGUCAAUCAGACAUUCCUCGGCAAAGUACCAUAAAAAUCUAUUGUCCCAAGUGUGAAGAUAUCUACAGUCCCCGAUCUAGGUUCCAAAACAACAUUGAUGGAGCCUAUUUUGGAACUACAUUUGCUCACCUGUUUCUGAUGACUUAUGGGCACCUCAACCCACAAAAGGCGUCACAAAGCUAUGUUCCAAGAGUAUUUGGUUUCAAACUGCACAAGCCAUGAUUCUGGAGUUCCCAGCUGGCUUUGGGGCUGAAUUUCCUGGCUGCUGAUCGGGUGGAAGUUCCUUUCAUAGCAUGUACGUUACUAAUUCUCUUCAUUUUGGGAAUUAGUGAUUUUGACAAAGCAGAGUUCAGAGGUUCCCCAACCUAUCACAAACUAGGUUCCUCUUUUAAAUAUGGAAAGUAUCCGAGGGAAAAGGCUAAGUUGCCUCUUUUAUCUUUUUAUUUUACAUUUUUUUGUUGGUCUAAUGUGUAUUUUAUAACCUCGUUGUAGUUUCUAUUGCCGCUACAUUUGGAUCAAUGGCAGUUUAAUGUAGCCGCUCAAUUUCCAUGGAUGUGUUGCGCUUUCGUAGGUGUGUCAACUUGUAUUCUUGAUUUAAAUUUUUUUUUUAUGAAUAGUGUCACCAUUUCCAGUUCCAGAUCAACAACUUUGUUGUAAUUCAUAAGUUUCAGAAUUCAGGAAUAUAUUGACAGUUUGGCUGAAUCUUAAA